UAAUAAGAUAUACAAAUUACCUGUAUGGAAGACUAUAAGAUAAAAGCUUACAGAUUCAGACAAUAUUUACAUGUAAACAAGUAAUAAACAUAUUAUAAAAGAUAUUCAUGAGAUUGAAAGAAGAUCAAGUUUCACCUGAAUGUAUAUAAUUAAAGCAUUAUGUGGAAACGUUAUUUAUAAUUAUAAGGCAAGAAUAGUGUGUGUAGGUUGCUAGAUAGGAAACAUCCUGUUUGAUAGGGCUCAUCAAGGCAGAUAGAUAACAAUUAACAAAAUUCAGUUUCCUUCAAACCAGCGUACCAUCAUUGGUUUUAAGAUCUGCUUUUCUUCAACACUCAAAUUUUAUCCUAAUUAUGAUGGUUUUUCUAAUACUUGUCCUCACUUUGCUGAAUGAGUGCUUUGGACAAAUAAUCGAUAUUGGUGAUGUUUGGGAGGUAAAAUGUCCACCAGGCUGUUCAUGUGAGGUACAGAAAUUUAUUGAUUUACCUUUGCAUCGAUGGAUCAAAACGAGUCAAGAUCAGAACUUGACUAACGAAUGCAAUUUCGAAUUUGGAUUGAACAUGGACCACUCUAUGAUACCCGAAUUUUUAAAUGUUGCAAUUUGCGCUGUUGCCGAAGAUUAUGAGGAACUAUUGGAUAAACUCCCAUCAGACAUUCAGGUGUUUACAAUUCUUGAAUCUGGUAUGGGAAACUUUGAGAUUCUUCUACAGUCUACAACAUUUCAACGUUUUACAGAUUUAAUAUCUUUAGACAUUCAAGGAAUAGAUUAUGAAUCUGUAAAAAAAAGCUCGAAUGUUGAACAAGGAAAACAAGGAGGAAUCGUUUUAUCAGUUGAUUCAUUGUAUCCAUUAGGAUUAAAUCUUCUUUACCUAAAUUUAGAACGAGUCAGAUUGACAAGCCUGAGUCCAAUGAAAAGAAACAAAGCUAAUCUUGUGGUUAAACCAAUGAAUACAGUUACCAAUGAUGAAAAUAAUAAUAAACAAUUACUAAAUAACAUCAGCCAAAGUACAGGGCACAGACUGAUAUUUUUAAGUCAACAAAAUAGUGGAGAAAGUGAUGACAAGGAAAUACUUCCUUAUGAUGUGUAUAAACAAGAAAUGGAAGGUUAUCAAGAAACUGUUGGACUUUUUACUGGUUUAGGAGCUUUAACUCACUUAAGAGUUUAUGAUUGUGAUUUAAAAGAUAUAACAUGGCAUAUGUUUGAUGGUUUGAAUAAUCUCGUUCAUCUCUCAUUAGAAAAAAAUAGUUUGAAGUUCAUUCCAGAAUUUUGUUUUUAUGGCACCCCAAAUUUAAAAGUAUUGUCACUUGCAAGUAAUCAGUUGUUAACACUUAAAAGUGUAGAUUUAGCUGGCUUAUUGAUGCUAGAAGAUCUUGAUUUAAGAGGGAAUAAUCUAACUUUUUUAUCAGAACUAUCUUUUCCCCCUUUCCCAAUGUUGAAGAUUGCAGAUUUUCGGAAGAAUCCUUUGGAUUCUAUAUUCCCAAGUACUUUUGAAAUCAUGAAUACAACAUUAGAACUUUAUUUGGGAGGUGAAGAUUCAAAAUUAUAUCUACAAAAAAAUUCUUUCUUAGGAUUAUGUCGGCUUCAAGCCUUAUAUCUGUAUAAUUUAGAAAUACCAAUGUUGGAGCGUUUUGUAUUUCAAGGAAUGCCAGAGCUGUUAAAAUUAAGGGCUCGCGGAAAUAUUUCAAGUAUUGAUCUUGAUGCUUUUGUGGAUUUAAUCAAAUUAGUAGAUCUUGAUUUAAGUUCUUGUCAUAUUCGUAAAAUAUCUAUGGAUGCAUUUUAUGGUUUGCAAAAUGUUAAACGUAUAGAUCUAUCAAAUAAUGAAUUAGAAUACAUUCCACCUGGUUUAUUUGGAGUGCAACAACAGAAGCAACUUAAAGAAAUUAUCCUUUCAAAGAAUAAGCUGACAUCACUACCUAUAGACUUUUUCAAAAUGCUUCGGAUUCCAAAUAAACCACCACAAUUUUCAAUUGUAAGAUUAGAUAGCAAUCCAUGGGAUUGUACUUGUUCGAUGAUUACAUGGAAUCCUUAUUUGGUAAACAGGUUACGAGAAAUAGCACCAAGAUGCUCAACUCCCAAGAAGCUGAAAAAUUGGGGAGUAUUUCAUGCAUUACGCAAAGGUGGUUUGCAAUGUAGAACCUUGAGGAGAAGGUAUUUAAAGAAGUCUACAUUGGGAAGAAAUAAUUAUGAAGAUAAUAUCAUCAGUUAGCUAAUAUAUGUUUUUAAUUUACAAUUGAUAUAUGUGUAUAAAAAACAAGGAACAAAAUUAGACACUUUAUUUUUUUGUCUUUAUAAGAUAAUUCUACUUUCUAAAUUUAUCAUUUAUAGUUGUAUAAUAACACUGUGUAUAAAUAUAAGCUAGAUAUAUAAGACUUAAGGAAAUUCACAAUAAAAAAGAGUAGCAAUUGACAA